AGGCCGGAGGGCAGCUGCGGCCUGGGCGCCGCGCAGAGGUCGAGCAGGCCCAGCCGCGCCCCCUCCGCGGACGACGACGCCACCGCCCGCCGGCUGCGCGCGGUCCUGCUCGGCGAGGACCCCGGCGGCGGCGAUGCCGCGAGGGCGGAGGCGGCCGGCGGCAGGGCCUCGUCGACGGCCCUGAGCGCCGCCACUGGGGCUCGCCUCACGCCCAAGCUGGCGCACUCGCGGAGGGAGGCGUCGUUCCACACAGCGGGAUCGGCGUGCAGCCGGCGCUCCAGCGGGCCGUCGCAGGCCUCGGAGCCGCCGCCGCGCGCCGCGGCCAGGUCACCCUUCGAGCUGGAGGCCGAGAAGCAGGAGUUCUUGCGGGACGUGCUGGGCAGCAACACCCGCUUCGAGGUUGCCACCUGGGCGGGGAAGAUCUUCGACUACGAGCGCGCCGCCGAAGCCGUGGCGCUGCGCGAGGAGGCCGCCGGGAGGGCCCGUCGCCGCACGCAGGAGGAGACGCCGCAGGGGGGAGCCGUGUCCGGUCCGGGCAGCGCAGGCGCUGGAGGCGGCGGCAGCGCCGCCGCACCGCCGGCGGCGGCGCCCCGGCCGGAGUCGCGGGAGGUGUCCCGCGGCGACAGCGGCUCCGCCGCGGGGAUCGGCGAGGGUUCCAGCGCCACCGCGUCCGCCACCAUCGCCCCGAAAAGCGUGACUGCCAGCUCCUCCGCGGGCGCGCUGAGGGCGGCCGGCGGUGCGAUGGCCAUGUCGAGGUCCGCCGCGAGGGCACGGCCCAGGACGCCGGUCUCCAUCGAGAGCCUCGUGGUGCACCGGGAUGACGUCGAGGGCGCGGUGACGCUCAACGCGCGGAUCCACGCGUUCGUGGAGAAGAAGCUCCCUGGCCUGGACGACCACGUGAACAGCCACGUGGCCAAGCGCACCGAGGCGCUGCGCAUGGAGGUGGACACGCAGCUCUCCGAGCAGUUCCUCAGGCAGACGUCGGGCCGCAAGGUUUUCGGCGGCAGGGCGAACCACCUGAGGUGGCAGAACGCUCGUCACCAAGCGCUGCAGCAGAGCCUCGACCGGAACAUGAAGGCGUGGAUAUUGGAGGCGAUCCAGGGUUGGGAGCCGCAUGGGGCCUCGGAGGAGGCAUCCGACGAGGCACCGCCGCAGCAGCAGGAGGAGCCGCUCCCCGAGGCGAAGGAAACGGACCGCAUCUACGCGCUCCUGACGAAGCGUGCUGCGCAGUUCGACAACCUGAGGUUACCGUCCGAGAUACCGCGCGUCAAGACGAUCAGGCCGUCCUAUUCGUUGCCUUCGAUGUGGCGGGACAAGUACCCAAACUGAGCCCCCAGAGGGCGGCCCAGACGCCGCGGGGUCAGGCGUGCGCGGCCGGCUUAGCCGCCCGUGUUUCCUUGCUGCCGCCCUGCUCGCCCCAGUAAAUGUGCGGGCCCUCCUCCUCCUGCUGCUGCUGCUCCUCCCCCUUCCCCCUCCUGCUGCAAGUUUGUAAGCAGGGAAGCUUGCAGUUGGCCUGCUCACAGUCCUCCGACGAGGGCCAGGGAGCGUUUCCCAGUUGCCGCCACCAAAGCUGGCAAGCACCUCUACACUUCUAAGCAUUCAGGUGACUGC